UCCCGCUUCCAGAAUGUGUCUUCGCGCCGCCGCCCUGAUUGCGCUGUUCGCGCUGCUAACUGUCGCCAGCGCGCAAUCCUACUGCUCUGAAGCAACUAAAGGAUCUUUAUAUGGACAUGUGAUCGACUUGCCAGUUGUUGGGUUACCACCUAACGUUCAGACACAUAGAGUUGAUAUAAUUAACGUGUGUCCUGUGGGUACGCAACUUCAAGGCACGAAAGUCGUUGCCUGCGACUAUAACGCAUCGCCCUCAGUAACGUUGAAAAGCCUGGUGGAGGCGAUCGUGGUGCGCACGGGCAGCCUGCAUAACCACGCGGCCGUGUACGUCACGCUGUACUGCUACAACUCCUACGGCGCGUCCGCCGCCGAGUCCCUGCCUGCCGUCCAGCACGCCGCCCGGCCCGCCGCCCGGCCCGCCGCCCGGCCCGUCGUCAGUGCCGUCAGCGCCGCAAGCGCACCUGGGCUGAGCUUUGGUGAUCAGGAGUAA